AUGUCGAAGUCGUCGGCCACGGCGGCUGCCGCCACCGUCAUACGGCCGCAGGAUUACGCCAACAGUCCCUUCCACUACACUGUGGCAACCGGCGACCACUCGUCGCUCACCAAACUGAUCUCCUCCCUCCCCAAACUGCCCGACCCGGAAAAAAUCCGAACCGAAUCCGACUCCGUUGCCCAAGAGCAAGUGGUGGAGCAGAUUUCCGCCGCGAUCGACCGUCGCGACAAUCGCCUCCGGGAGACCCCGCUCCACCUCGCCGUCCGCCUCGACGACGCCGCCGCGGCCCGCCUGCUCGCCUCCGCCGGCGCCGACAUCUCCCUCCAGAACGCCGCCGGGUGGAAUCCCCUCCAGGAGGCGCUCCUCCGCCGCCGCCCGUCGGUUAUCUCUGUGCUCGUCCGGCACCACCACCUGGCCGCGUGGUCCAAGUGGCGCCGUCGCCUCCCCCGCCUCGUCUCCGCCCUCCGCCGCAUGCGCGAUUUCUACAUGGAGAUCUCCUUCCACUUCGAGAGCUCGAUCGUGCCGUUCGUCGGCCGGAUCGCCCCCUCCGACACCUACCGGAUCUGGAAGCGCGGCGGCUGCCUCCGCGCCGACACCACCCUCUCCGGCUACGACGGCCUGAAGAUCCAGCGCGCCAACCAGAGCUUCCUCUUCCUCAACGGCGCCGCAGAAGACGGCGGCGGCCCCGACGGCGCGCUCCUCAUCCUCAACCACGACAAGCGCGAGAUCCUUGACGCAUUCGAGAACGCCGGGAUCCCCCUCCCCGACGCCGACGUCGCCAAUUUCUGCAACCAGACCGCCGUCUACCGACCGGGAAUCGACGUCACGCGGGCCGAAUUGGUCCCUCGCACCAACUGGCGGCGGCAGGAGAAGACGGAGAGCGUCGGUGAUUGGAAAGCUAGGGUUUACGAAAUUCACAACGUCCUCUUCACCUUCCGCUCGCGCAAGGUCGCCGUCCCCGAGAACAGGGACGAUCCAUACUCCCAGAACUGCAUCCUUCCGCUGGAGAUCGACGAGGAAUCCGAAGACGGUUUCAUCGUCGCCGAGAAUCCUCGAUUCAGCGUCUCCAGUGGCGACCAGCAGCGGCGGCACAGCAGCUUCGUCAGGGAGGAGACGGAAUUCGUCACGGUUUCCCGGAAGAGCGUGGACAUAUUCCCCGCCGGCGGCUCCAGAAGGAGAGCGCCGCCGUGCAGGGCGGACAGACUGGUGGCGCCGCCGCAGACCAAGGAGAAGGAGCACGCGAAAAAUCUGAGGCCGACUGUUUGGCUAACGGAACAGUUUCCGUUGAAAACGGAGGAGCUCCUACCGUUACUCGAUAUUUUGGCUAACAAGAUAAAAGCCGUUAGGCGUAUGCGUGAGGUGCUAACGACGACGUUUCCAACCGGCACCUUUCCGGUAAAGGUAACGGUCAAAGUCCACUGUGGAUCCCUUUUUGACCUUUCAAAGCUUUACUUAGUUGUACCUUUCUCUUUUCCUUCGGUACAACCUUUUUUCAGGAGCAGCGUCCUUUGCUACAACAGCUUUAGCUUUUAA